AUUCGUACAAUUAUAAAUCUCAAAAAAAAUAGUAUGUUCCUACACAUUGUUUUUUCAAAGAGCUCAUUGAGUACUUCAAUUUUGUGUAAGAAUAAAAAAAGUAAAUACGUAGAAUAUAUAUUUUUGGUUUGAAAUAGCAAGAAUUUUCAUAGUGAACAUUUGAAGUAGGACGAAUUGAAUAUUAUAUUUAAAACUUUCCGCAUUAUUAUCAAUUUUUAGUCAAUUUUUUCCUAAUGAGAUUUGCUUUGAUGGGAGGAACUCAAGAAAUAGAAAAAUCAUGGUAAAAAUAUUUUCGAAAAAAACUCAAAUAUUUUGACAAAUUAUUCGACAAGGGUUGAAGCAAUCCAACCAAUCCACUUCCAAAUAAAAACCUCCCUACAACCCCUCUCUCUCUCUCUCUCUCCAAAAAAAAAAGAAAAAAAAGUCUCAAAACAACAAUAGCUGAAACACCACUCUCACUCUACAGUCCCACCCCUCCAUGGAUCCAUACGAAUUCCUCAAAAUCGCCCCAAACCCAGACGGCUCCCUCACCCGUCUCAACCCAAUGCCAUCCCUACCCCCAACCCCAACCCCUACCCAAAACAACAACUCAAUUCCCCCAAUUGCCCUCUCCAAAGACCUCCCUCUCAACCCCACCGCCGCCACCUUCCUCCGCCUCUUCCGCCCCCUCCGCUCUCCACCUCAAACCAAACUCCCAAUCAUCAUCUACUUCCACGGCGGCGGCUUCGUCCUCUUCAGCGCCACGGCGCUCCCCUUUCACCGAUCGUGUAAUGCCAUGUCGGCUCAAUCCCCUGCCCUGGUUUUGUCCCUCGAGUACCGCCUCGCGCCGGAGCACCGGCUGCCGGCGGCCUACGACGACGCCGUCGAUGCGCUGAUGUGGGUCCGUGACCAGGCCUUGGGGAUCAACGGCUGUGACGAGUGGUUGAAGGAAUUGGGAGAUUUUUCUAGGGUUUUCUUGAUGGGUAGUAGCUCUGGGGGAAAUAUGGUGUACCACGCGGGCUUACGCGUCCUAGAUCUCGAUCUGUCACCGGUGAAGAUCGCGGGGCUGAUAAUGAACCAGCCAUAUUUCGGCGGGGUCCAGAGGACUGAAUCGGAAACGAGACUCGUCAACGACAUGAUCAUACCAUUGCCCGCGAACGAUCUGCUGUGGGCCCUGGCAUUACCGGAGGGCACAGACCGCGAUCAUGAGUUUUGCAAUCCGAUGGUGGGCGGGAAAGAGAAGAUCGGACGGCUGCCGAGGUGCUUGAUCAGGGGGUACGGUGGGGACCCCCUUGUGGAUCGCCAGAGGGAGGUCGCGAAGAUGUUGGAGGCACGCGGGGUGCGCGUGGUGGUCAAGUUCGACGAAGAUGGGUGUCAUGCUGCGGAGUUAUUCGACCCUAAAAAGGCUCAAGGGCUCUAUGAAGAUGUCAAGGAGUUCGUUAGCUCUGCUUUUGCUGCUGAGAAGAGUAGUGAUGUGGAGCUCAAGUCAACAAUGUGAGUUUUGCAAUUGGGAUUAGCCAUUGGAUUAUUACUGUAAUAAUAAGCAGAAUGAUUUAGUCUCGAGCGACGUGGUAUAUAGGCUUUUGCAAAACAAGUAUUCGUAGACCCUCC